AACUCAACCGACAAUGAAAUACUUUAAGAUCUUGUAAUAAUCUGCUGCUGAGCUGCUCAUUAAACCAGACGAAGCUUCAGUGUUGAUAUUACUGACUGAUCAUCAAUCACUAAUCUAUUCCUGUUAGGUUAGUCAGAUUUAUAUCGACAUAAUGAUAUCUCGGCAAUUUGUCUGACGACCUGGAAACAGCUUCCUGAUCACUCAGACUGCACACAGCGUGAUUUUCAAAUAACUCGGUCAAAGUAUGUGUAAGUGUCACAGAAAUAUAUCGUUACUUAUAGGCUUAUAUAUAAAGAAGUUUAAUAGAUGGUUCCAGCAGUUAAAAUGUUCUUGCUUGUAGAUUUCUGUGGUCAAUAUUGUAAAGGUGUGUUUAUCUUGUCACAAAGAACAAGUUUUGUUACACCGCUAUUAUCGUGAGGUUUGGGCGUGAUAAUAGGCUGUGAGCCCACGUUUAAUAAUCACGCUAAGGAGUUCAGCGAGCUAUCUGCCGGGUUAGUGUACCAGCUGUAUAAGGUAUUUGCUAUCUGUAUUGUAAUAUUGUGAAUAUUUGUAAUGUAUGGUGUUCUAAUUAUUUUAUGUUUUAAUUUAGAAUGCACAAGACUGUAAAGCUAUUCUUCUACGACCUCCGAAGUGGCAGGCGGCCACGAGGUAAUUUUCGUUGUUAAAGCACAAGUGUUACUUUUGAUAGACUGAAGCGCUUAAAGCCUUUGUGUUUUAUGUUUGUAGUUUUCACGGCGUUCAAUAAAUGCAGCGAAGCGCCCGUGUUGAAGAAGCCGUGCCUGUGUUGUCAUUUCGGAGUUACAGUACGAGUGUUUGAAACGGAAAUACAGAAAAAAGCCCGAGAACAACGACGCGAUUUGUGCAGUUUAAUGUGGAAUUUGAUCCUCUGAUUGUCAGUUUGUGUUAAAAUGAGACCCUCCGGUUUCUUUUCUGCAACACUAAGAAAGUUUUUUUUUAAUUUAAAAUGAUCAAAAUGCAUGCAAAUGGUAAAUGCAGCGUUUUAGAUUUCAAAUGUGAAACACAACCAGGAAGAAGAAUCAGAAUCCCUGAUUAUGUAGUUACAGUUGUUCCAAGAUAAUAAGAACAGUAACAGACUGUCCAUCCAUUUUCUUCCGCUUAUCUGGGGCUGGAUCACAGGGGCAGCAGCCCAAGCAGAGAAGCCCAGACCUCCCUCUCCCCAGCCACCUCCUCCAGCCUGUCCGGAGGAACACCAAGGUCUUCCCAGGCCAGAUAUAAUCUCUCCAGCGUGUCCUGGGUCUGCCCGGAAAACCUCGCCCAGGAAGCGCCCAGGAGUAGUGAUGUGAUUUUUGGCUCUUUUUAGAGGACCGGCUCUUUCGGCUCCCAAUCGGCUCUUCAGGUUGUUUGUCUAAUAACUCAUAUUUCCCACAGUGUGACCUCAUGGCAACUACAGUAACUGAAGAUCUGCGUCGCCAGACAGGAAGCAGCUUUGAAGUCCUGCCAGAAAACAUGUCUGAGCUGAGGGUUGUUCUGCUGGGGAGCAGCUGGACUGAGAAAAGUGAAGUGGGAAAUCUGUUACUGGGAAAUACUGUGUUCACCAGUAAAACUAAAUCGUGUGUGAGAAUUAGUGGUACACUGGAGGGCAAAAAAAUUGCUGUCAUCAACACCCCCUACCUGCCUCCUCUCGACACCUCCCACCAUGAUCUGACAGAGUUUAUAAAAGACUUUGCAAAAUGGUCUGAUCCUGGACCUCAUGUGUUCCUGCUGCUUGUACAGCCUGAAAACUUUACAGAAGAACACAAACGGAGACUCUGCAGAGUCCUUCAAGGCUACAAUGAUCAAUCAUUUGAUCAUUCACUGAUACUGAUCUCAGCACCCAGAGAGGAGACAUCAGGUUCUGUUGAAGACUUCAUGAAAAGUCCAGCAUUAAAUGAAAUGAUCAAAAAAUGUAAAUGCAGAUACUUGAAGAGGAUCAAUGUUGAACUUCCAGAGCUGUUAACACAUUUGGGGGAAAUUACAAAGGACAACAAUGGAGAGCAUGUCAGCUAUGAAGCUUUUGAGGACACAGAACAGGAUUUAUCAAAAGAUCAACAACCCCCCCCAACAAAGGAGACGAAGACUCCAAUCAUUGAUGCUGUUAAAGCUGCAGGAUUGCCCAAUAAAUUAAUCACUCCUCAAGUUUCUGGAAAAACACCUUUGACCAACAUGUCUGCGUUCAGGAUUGUGCUGCUGGGCAAAAGUGAAGAUAAGAAGACAAAACUUGGUAACUUGAUCAUUGGGUACCAAGGAUUUCACUGCCAAAGACAAUCACCCAUCAUGCACUCCGUGGCCUCCUGUGGAGAGUGGAGAGGAAAACUACUGACAGUGGUGAAAACUCCAGACAUGUUUAGUCUGUCUGAGGAGGACAUGAGAAGAGAAGUGAACAGCUGUGUGAGUCUCUGUCAUCCUGGACCAAAUGUUCUGCUGCUGUUGGUGAAACCUUCUAAAUUCAGUGAGGAGAACAGAACAACUCUGAAGUUCAUCCUGAGUCUGUUUGGUCACAAUGCCUUUAAACACUCGAUGGUCGUCAUCACACAUGAGAAGGAAAUGAGUUUCUCUGUGAAUGAAGUCCUCAGAGAAUGUGGAGGAAGGCACUACAACAUGUUUGACGAUAACUAUGGAUCAUUAAUGCAGAAGAUUCAGGAAAUGACAAACCAAUACAAUCACCUGAUCAAACCAUCUUUAAACCUGGUUCUGUUUGGGAGGAGAGCAGCAGAGAAGACGUCAGCAGCCAAGGCCAUUUUAGGUCAGACUGAGCUUCAUUCAGCCUCCAACUCAUCAGAGUGUGUUAAACAUCAGGGAGAGGUGUGUGGACGUUGGGUUUCCCUGGUGGAGCUGCCUGCCUUGUAUGGAAAACCUCAGGAGGCAGUGAUGGAGGAAUCACUCAGGUGUAUCUCCCUCUGUGAUCCUGAGGGUGUCCAUGCCUUCAUCCUGGUCCUACCUGUGGCUCCCCUCACUGAUGAAGACGAGGGAGAGUUAGAGACCAUCCAGGACACAUUCAGCUCUCGAGUCAAUGACUUCACCAUGAUUCUGUUCACUGUGGACUCAGAUCCUACAGAUCCAGCUGUUCUUAACUUUGUAAGCAAAGACCCAAAUAUCCAGGAGGUCUGUCAACGUUAUGGACAAAGGCCUGUUAUUGUUAACAUCAAGGAUAAAGAGCAGAUCCACACGUUGUUGGACACUGUGGAGCAGAUGAGAUGUACAAACAAACCAUGCUGCUACACAGCUGUAACAUUUGCUCGAGCCCAGAUUGAUCUGAUAACUAAAAAUAUGGUCACUCGUGAUGAAGAGAAGCAGAACACGGAGCCUCUCAGGAUUGUGCUGAUAGGAAAGACCGGCAAUGGAAAGAGCUCAUCAGGAAACACCAUCCUAGGAAAGGAAGUGUUUAAAGAAAUGCCAAGUCAAACAUCAGUCACCAAACAGUGUCAGAAAGCACAUGGUGAGGUGGACGGCCGUCCUGUUGUUGUGCUCGACACUCCUGGUCUGUUUGACACAACUCUGUCACACGAAGAAGUUCAUGAGGAGAUGGUGAAAUGCAUCAGUCUUCUGGCUCCAGGACCACAUGUCUUCCUGCUGGUGUUAAAAAUUGGUCGUCUCACACCAGAGGAUAAGGAGACAUUAAAACUCAUAAAGGAAGGUUUUGGGAAGAAUUCAGAAAAGUUCAUCAUCAUUCUUUUUACUGAAGGAGAUAAGCUUAAAAAAAUGUCUAUUAAAGAUUAUAUUGAAAGCGGAUGUGAUGAUUCCUUUAAGAAGCUGAUUGCUGACUGUGGAGGAAGAUACCAUGUGUUCAAUAAUGAAGACAAAGAGAACCGCCAACAAGUCAGUGAGCUGAUAACAAAGAUUGACACCAUGAUGAAGGACAAUGGAGGAAACUGCUUCACCAAUGAGAUGCUGGAAGAAGCUGAAGCAGCAAUAAAGAAGGAAAUGGAGAGAAUCCUGAAGGAGAAGGAAGAAGAGAUGAAGAGAGAGAGAGAGGAGCUAGAAAGAAAACAUGAGGAAGAAAUGAAAGCAAUGACAAAAAGAAUGGAAGAAGAGAAGAAAAAACUUCAGCAGGAAAGAGACCAGAAACUUAAGGAGAUGGAGGAAAAUAUAAAGAAGGAGCGUGAGGAGAGAAAGAAAGAACAGGAAAUGAGAGAAGAAGAGAACAGGAAAUGGAAAAAUGAGGAACAAUUAUACAGACAGCAUUUAAAAACACAACUUGAAAUGUUGGACAAAGAAAUUCAGUCAGAAAAAGAGGAAAGGAAAAGUGUGAACAAAGAGCUGGAAGAGAGCAGAGAAGAGAUGAAGAGAAAACAAGAAGCCUGGGAGAAAGAACGAAGUGAAUGGUGGGAGAAACGAAGACAAGAAGAUGAACAGAGACGACAGGAGGAGGAAAGACGACUGAAAGAAGAGAAAGAAAGAAUACAGCAGGAAACAGAAAAAAAUAAAAAGAAAAGAAAAGAAGAAGACAAAAAGAGGAGAGAAGAGGAGAAGAAAGAACGAAAUCAGCUGGAGGAAAACUAUAAAACACGUGUGGAAAAGCUGAAGAAGAUGCAUGAAGAUGAGGCCAGAAAGAAAGCUGAAGAGUUCAAUGAUUUCAAAGAGAAACACAACAAAGAGUUUGCAGCUCAGAAGGAGGAGCACGAGAAGAAGGUUAAAGACAAAGAUGAGAAGUAUGACCUGUUAAAGGCUCUGGCUGAGCACAAGGAAAAACAAAAGAGAGAAAAACAUCAAGCAGAAAUCAAAGCUGUGAUAAAAUGUCUUUCCAAGAAGAGAGGGAACGUGAAAAAAAUCCAAGAGUUGCUGACAAAACAUGAGGAUCAAAUGAAGAUUGCAAAAAACCCGGAUGAAAAGGAAAACCUGCAGAAAAUCCAUGAAACAGAAAUAAGUGACCUAAUACAAAAACUUCUGGAUGCAGUUGAAACAUCUUCCUGCAGCAUUUUAUGAGAUUUUUUUGUGUUUUUGUGACAGAGCUCCAUGGAUAAAAGAUUUUCUGUACAUUUAGUUAAAUGUUGAGAUGAGAAUGCCAGUGUGUGUGCUGAUGCUUAUAGAUCUGAAUGUACUCAGUCGAGCGCAACAGAAUCCAGAUUAAACUGCUUAUGAUUUUCUAACUGAUCAGAUAUUCAUAGAUUUUAUGGUCAAUUUGUGAACAUUUUACAGUCACAGACAGAAUUCUUAAUUUAUCUUAUAAAUUCUUACUUUCGGGAUUGCGUUCCAUUUUGUUUCUUUUGUGAGUCAUUGACAUGUGUAGUAUGAAUUGCUGCCGUGUAACUCUUCAGGUUAUAGAAAAUUUUGAAGCAGUUUAAUUUUUUGGUAUAUUUUAUGUUGAUUAUUUUCAUGCAGUACCAUAUUAAACAAUAGAAGAAGCUUCAGCUGGUUAUUAGAUUUUUGGACAUUUGUUGUAAUUUUAUAAAUCUUCAAUAGUAAAUAAAUAUGAAUAUCCUUUAUGCUGUUCUUCUUGAUGAGUAAAAAAACUGUGGAAA